AUGCUGAAAAGACUGUUUAGCCAUACAGCAAAAGUGUUCGUCAACAAGAACACCACAGUCAUUUGCCAAGGCAUAACAGGAGCUCAAGGGACUUUUCACACUACCAAAGCAAUCGAAUACGGUACAAAUGUUGUGGGUGGAGUCACUCCUGGCAAAGGUGGUAAAAUCCACUUGGGCGUACCUGUUUUUAAUACAGUAAAAGAAGCAAAGCAAGCCGUGAAUCCAUGGGCGAGCUCAAUUUACGUGCCGCCAUCCUUCGCAGCUCAAGCAAUCUUAGAUUGUAUAGAAGAGGAAAUCCCUCUAAUCGUCACCAUUACUGAAGGAAUCCCACAACAUGAUAUGGUUCGAGUCAAAGAUGCACUGAAAUCAAGCAAAAGUAAGCUUAUAGGGCCUAACUGUCCAGGAGUUAUCAAGCCAGGAGAGUGCAAAAUUGGGAUCAUGCCUGGCUAUAUCCACACCCCAGGCAAAAUUGGAAUUGUAAGCAGAUCUGGAACACUUACCUAUGAAGCAGUUGACCAAACUACUAACUCCCCCCCCCUCCGUGAGUGAACAAAACCAUUAGAAAAAUCCUUAUUUUUUACCCAAAAACCCACCCUCCGUGAGCGAACAAAAAUUUUUUAAUAAAAAAACUGAUAUAUAAGUGAUAAUUAGUAUAAUGAAAUCUAUAGCUAAUUCUGUUUAAUUUUAAAAAUUUGCGUUUUAAAACAUAAAUUUUUAUAAAUUAAAUUAAUAUUUGCUUUCUAAUUUUUGCGAAUUAGGAUUUUUUUAAAAUUUCGAAAAAAAAAUUAACCCCCCUCCGUGAGCGAACAAAAUUCUUUUGUUCACUCACGGAGGGGGAGUAAGGAAGGCUUAGGACAGUCCACUGUGAUUGGGAUAGGAGGAGACCCAUUCAAGGGCUCUGACUUCAUUGAUGUCCUAGAGAAGUUCGUUAAUGACCCAGAAACUGAAGGAAUUGUACUGAUUGGAGAAAUCGGAGGGACUGGAGAAGAGGAUGCAGCAGAGUGGCUGAAGACUUAUAAUGUAGCAAAGAAACCUGUUGUUUCGUUUAUUGCAGGAAUUAGUGCUCCUCCAGGAAAAAGGAUGGGACACGCUGGAGCUAUUAUAUCUGGAGGUAAAGGCGGGGCUGAUUCGAAAAUCAAAGCUUUAGAAGACGCUGGAGUUGUUGUGACAAGAUCACCUGCAAAAAUUGGAGAAACGAUGAAAAGGGUUAUGCAAGAGAAAGGGCUAAUAGAUUAA